UGUCAGCACAGUUGUCGCUUAGUUCUUUGUGAGAGCGUGUGGUACAUGAUCUUUCGCGCAGUACCAGAUGACACAUCAGUGGGUAGAAAGUAUUUGCGGCUCACCUUUUUGGGACGCGAACCUCACGUGGCACACGGCGGAUCCUGACGUGACGCCAUGCGUGGAGAGGACGGUGCUGCUGUGGCUGCCGUGCGCCGCGCUGUGGGCGCUCUGCCCCGUGGAGGCCACCUACAUCCUGCACAGCAAGGCGCGGGACGUGCCCUGGAACUGGAGGAGCGUGUCCAAGCUGGUCCUGAUUGGUGUUCUCACGGUGCUGUGCCUGACUGACCUGGCCGUGGCCUUCCACAACCACUCCAUGGGCCAGCAGGUCUAUCCCGUCGCCUUCUGUUCGCCCAUCAUCGAGAUAGCAACUCUGAUGGUGUCCGCGGCGCUGAUAGUGUUCAUGAGGGAGCGCGGACUGCGCACCUCCGGCCCGCUCUUCAUCUUCUGGCUGCUGCUGGUGGUGUGCGGCGCGCCGCAGUUCCGCACCGAGCUGCGCGCCCUCUCCGGGGACUUUGAUGUCAAGACGGUGACGUACCUCAUCCACUACCCGGUGGUGGUGGUGCUGUUUUUCCUGCACUGCCUGGUCGACCUGCCCCCCGCGCACUCGUACUACCCAAUACCAGAGAAGCCAUGCCCUGAGAAGAGUGCCUCGUUCCCGUCGCGGGUCAUAUUCAAGUGGAUCGACCCGCUGGUGUGGAGGGGGUUCCGCACGUCCCUGGAGAUGCGCGAUCUCUUCGACCUGAACCCGGAGGACUACAGCCGGGUCGUGGUGCCCAAGUUCGACAAGCACUGGGACAGCAUGGUUGCUCGCGUCACCAGAGACAGGGGUGUGAAGGCCUCGUUCAGAAAGUCGUCGGGCAGCGUCAGCUUCCCCGGCAAGCCGCGGAAGGAUGUUCGCCUGUCCCUCCUGGGCCCGCUCCUCCGGGCGUUCGGCUCGACGUUCCUGUUCUCCAUGUCGCUGAGGUUCACCCAGGACCUUCUGGCCUUCGUCAACCCUCAGAUACUGAAGUACAUGAUAGCGUUCGUGGAAAGCGACGACCCGGACUGGAAGGGCUACAUGUACGCGGCCCUCAUGCUGGUGUGCGGCACGGUGCAGACGUUCUUCCAGGCGCACUACUUCAUCAAGGCCCAGACGGCGGGCAUGCGGGUGCGCUCCUCCCUCAUCGCGGCCAUCUACCGCAAGGCCCUGCGGAUAUCGGUGAGUGCGCGCAAGGACUCGACGGUGGGCGAGAUGGUGAACCUGAUGGCGGUGGACACCCAGCGGAUAAUGGACCUGUGCCACCACGUGAACCUGCUGUGGAGCGCCCCCUUGCAGAUAUCCCUGGCCUUGUACUUCCUGUGGGACCUGCUGGGCCCCUCCGCGCUGGCCGGCAUGGCGGUGCUCGCCGUGUUCAUCCCCAUCAACAGCGUGAUCGCCAACGCCAUGAAGAAGCUCCAGAUCCGGCAGAUGAAGAUGAAGGACCGCCGCAUCAAGAUGAUGAACGAGGUGCUGGGCGGGAUCCGGGUGCUGAAGCAGUACGCGUGGGAGCCGUCCUACCAGAAGCACGUCCAGCAGCUUCGCGGGAAGGAGAUCGCGAUCCUCAAGCAGGCGGCGUACCUCCAGUGCGUCACCUCGUUCUUCUGGACCUGCGCCCCGUUUCUCGUCUCGCUCGCAUCAUUUGCUACAUUUGUGCUGCUGGAUGAAAACAACGUGCUGAAUGCGCAGACAGCGUUUGUGUCGCUGAGCUUGUUCAACAUCAUGCGCCACCCUCUCACCCUCAUACCGCAAGCCAUCGCUGCAGUCAUACAGGCGAGCGUUUCCUUGAGGCGACUGAAUGACUACAUAAACAAGGAGGAGCUGAGUUCGGACAGCGUCACUCACGACCUCACUGAGAAGGACCCGCUGGUGAUCGAGAAGGGGGACUUCUCGUGGGGGCCCGAGGAGCCCCUGGUGCUGCGACGCGUGGACCUGAGGGUGAGGCAGGGCAGCCUCGUGGCCGUCGUGGGGUCCGUGGGCUCGGGCAAGAGCUCGCUGCUGUCCGCCCUGCUGGGGGAGCUGGUGCGCGUGUCCGGGAGGGUGAACACCAAGGGUUCCGUGGCGUACGUGCCGCAGCAGGCGUGGAUCCAGAACGCUCCGCUGAGGGACAACAUCGUGUUCGGGCAGCCGCUCAGCAACCGGCGGUACUACCGGGUGGUCGAUGCGUGCGCCCUGAAGCAGGACUUCCAGAUGUUGCCAGGUGGAGACCAAACAGAGAUUGGUGAGAAGGGUAUCAACCUCAGCGGCGGGCAGAAACAGCGCGUGAGCCUGGCGCGGGCCGUCUACUGCCAGGCGGAUGUUUACCUGAUGGAUGACCCGCUGAGUGCCGUCGACAGCCACGUGGGCCGCCACAUCUUCGAGGAGGUCAUCGGGCCCUACGGACUGCUCAGGCGGAAGACGCGAGUGCUGGUGACGCACGGCAUCACGUUCCUGCCCGAAGUGGACCACAUCGUGGUCCUGAAGGAGGGCGAGAUCACAGAAGAAGGGACGUACAAGGACCUGCUGGAGAAGAAGGGGGCGUUUGCGGACUUCCUGGUGCAGCAUCUCCAGGACACCAUGCAAGGGCAGCAGGUGUCGCCCCAGACAGACGUGGAGGAGCUGAAGCAGCACCUGGAGCGGGCGAUGGGGCGGGACGAGCUCCAGCGCCGCCUGAGCCAGACCGCGUCCAGCCUGUCGGGCAGCCGCAGCUCUCUGGGCGACCUCACGCCCCGCGCCGGCUCCCUGCGGCGCCAAAAGUCUGUGAGCAGUACGGAGGACAGCAUGAACGUGAAGUUCCAGGGAACCAACGGGAUCGUUCAGCACGUCGACAAGCUGGCAGCCGAGAAGUCCGCGUUCAAGAGUGGGAAGAAACUCAUUCAAGCAGAGGCAGCCAAGACGGGAAGUGUGAAGUGGCAGGUGUACGGCCACUACUUCAUGGCCAUUGGUGUCGGGUACUCGUUGUGUGCGCUCAUAUCCAACGCCGUGCUGCAAGGCUUCCAGGUGGGCUCCAACAUAUGGCUGUCCGUGUGGUCGACAAACGGCUACGGGGACGCAAACGGCUCGGAGCCGCGCAGCUUGUACUUGGGAGUGUACGGAGCUCUCGGCCUGGGUCAAGUGCUGAGCGUGACGGUGUCGACGCUGACCGUGAGCAUCGGCACGCUGAACGCGGCCAUGCUGCUGCACAACAAGCUGCUGUGGAACGUGAUGCGGCUGCCCCAGUCGCUGUUCGACACCACGCCCAUCGGCCGCAUCCUCACGCGCUUCUCCAGCGACGUGAACGUGCUGGACGGCACCUUCUCCAUGAUCCUGCGCCAGUGCAUCCCCAACAUCUACCGGGUUGCUGGUACGUUGCUGGUGAUAGUUUACUCAACGCCUUUGUUUGUAGCGGUUAUCAUCCCACUGGCUUUCAUCUACUGCUUUAUUCAGAAAAUUUAUGUCUCCACAUCCCGCCAACUGAAACGGUUAGAGUCCAUUAUGAAGGCUCCCAUUCUCUCACAUUUCGGAGAAAGUCUCACAGGUGUGUCAACUAUACGAGCUUACAGAGUGCAGGAUAGAUUCACGAAGGAGUCCGAGCUACGAGUUGAUAACAGCCAGAAAUGUUACAACCCCAUCAUUAUCGCAAACAGGUGGUUGUCCAUAAGGCUGGAAGCGAUCGGCAACAUGGUGAUAUUCUUCUCGUCGCUAUUCGCUGUCCUGGGGCGACACACCAUGGACUCUGGCAUUGUCGGGCUGUCCAUUAGCUACGCCAUGCAGAUCACGCAAGCAUUGAACAUGCUGGUGCGACAAAUAUCGGACAUUGAGACAAACAUUGUGGCCGUGGAGAGGAUUAAGGAAUACUCUGAAUUCAGACAGGAAGCACCUUGGGUGGUCGAGAGCGACAAGGUGCCGGACAACUGGCCCUCGGAAGGGCGAGUGGAGUUCCACGACUACCAGGUUCGCUACAGAGAGGGCCUGGACUUGGUGCUGCACGGAAUCAGCUUCACCAUCGAGGGCGGGGAGAAGGUGGGCAUCGUCGGCCGGACCGGAGCGGGCAAGUCCUCCAUCACGCUCGGCCUGUUCCGCAUCAUCGAGCCGGCCGGCGGCGCGAUCCUCAUCGACGGCAUCGACGUGACGACGCUGGGCCUGCACACGCUGCGGUCCCGGCUCACCAUCAUCCCGCAGGACCCGGUGCUGUUCUCCGGGACUCUGCGUCGCAACCUGGACCCCUUCGAGGAGCUGCCCGACGCGGAGCUGUGGCAGGCGCUGGGCCACGCUCACCUCGAGGCCUUCGUGAGGUCGCUGCCGGCCGGCCUGGGCCACGAGGUGUCCGAGGGCGGGGAGAACCUCAGCGUCGGGCAACGACAGCUGAUAUGCCUGGCCCGGGCGCUGCUGAGGAAGACUAAGAUCUUGGUGCUGGACGAGGCGACGGCAGCCAUCGACUUGGAGACUGACGACCUCAUACAGGAAACAAUUCGCACAAAGUUCAAGGAUUGCACCAUUCUCACCAUAGCACAUCGACUGAACACUAUCAUGGAUUCAAACAGAGUGAUAGUGUUGGACAAGGGUCGCGUGGUGGAGUUCGACACAGUGAGCAACCUCCUAGAAGACAAGGCGUCGGUGUUCUAUGGAAUGGCGAUGGAUGCGGGACUCGUGUGAUCUUAGACUGUCUUCACUCCUCCGACUGACUCGACUGUCUUCAACUUACGCACAUUGUGGACUGUGUCGGUGAACUGAAGUGGAAAGGAACUAUGUUCACGGCUGUAUAUUGUUUACUUAGUGUUUUUUCUGAAUACCUUCUGCUCAAUGCCUGAAAGGUUGUUUGGGGGCUGAUUCCAAAUGAUUCAGCCUGAUUAUCCGUGGCCUACCAGGAUGUGAACCUAGAAUUUCUGAGUCAAUGCCUUAGUGAGCUUCGCCACAAAGAGUGGCUGCACUGCUUUUUUACAAUUUUAUUUAUACUAUUUUAGGUACCUGUUAUUUGAUUAGCUAUACGUACUUGGGUGUAUUAUUUUGCAGAGAAUGUGGCAGGGAUAGUAUGCCUGUAGAAUUUUUCGGUUUGGGGAAGCAAAAAAAAAAAGCAUUCUCAUUAUAAUAUCAUAGCAUAAUAAAUAAUGAAUUUUUAACACGCCUGGAACUUAUGGGUAAAGUGAGAUUAAAGGGUAAAGUGUGAGUAAAGGAUAAAGUGUUAGUUAUAGUUUCCUCAUGACUGAAACCUUUUAAAUUCCAUGAGAAAGUCGGAGAAAAGAAGCUGUACCACAGAAUAUAAGGCUGCAUACUUCUAAAGAUGUAUGUUUUAUAAAAGAAAAUGAAAUGUACUGCAGUAUUUUAGCUAUCAGAAUUUGCUACUGUGUAUCAGUUUGUGUUACGUUUACAAAUAAAUGUGAGAGUUUAAUAAUG